UCCCGCGGCGUUCUGGAGAUGCGGCGGUGGGCAGCCGCCUCCCGAAGGCUUGGAGGAGGGACCGUCGGGCGCGUCGCAGCCUCCCGUCCCUCCUGCGCGCUGCACUGUGGGCGAAAGAUGGCAGCUUCCUCGGCCCCUCUCGGCUCCCCGACGCUGUGACAGGGCGGGCGCCCUUGCUUCCUUUUGGCCCCUUUUGGCCCCUCCGAAGCCGCCGAGAUGGAGAAGUGCUCCAGCUGCGAGAGCCUCGCCUCCAAGCCGGCGCCGCCGGCUACCCGCCAGCCCAGCUCGGAUUCCCUCUCCAGUGCUUCUACCUCUCAUUCGGAUCACUCAGCGCAUACCAAAUCAGCUUCGGUCAUCUCAUCAGAUUCUAUCUCCACCUCUACCGAAAACUUUUCUCCUGAUUUGAGGAUACUCAGAGAAUCUAAUAAAUUAGCUGAAAUGGAAGAGCCCCCUUUGCUACCAGGAGAAACUAUUAAGGACAUGGCAAAAGAUGUUACUCAUAUCUGCCCGUUUACCGGAGGUAUUAGAGGAACGUUGACAGUUACAAAUUACAGACUGUAUUUUAAAAGCAUGGAAAGGAACCCUCCAUUUGUUCUAGAUGGCCCUCUUGGAGUGAUUAACAGAGUAGAGAAAAUUGGAGGAGCUUCUAGUCGUGGUGAAAAUUCAUACGGCCUAGAAAUUGUGUGCAAGGAUGUCCGGAAUCUUCGGUUUGCUCAUAGACCUGAAGGUCGCACGAGAAGAGCCAUAUUUGAGAACUUGACAAAAUACGCAUUUCCUAUGUCCAAUCACUUGCCUCUGUUCGCAUUUGAGUAUAAAGAAGUUUUCCCAGAAAAUGGCUGGAAUGUUUAUGAUCCCAUUUUGGAGUACAGAAGACAGGGAAUUCCUAAUGAAAGUUGGAGAAUGACUAGCCUCAAUGAGCAAUAUGAGCUUUGUGAUACCUAUCCUGCCCUUCUGGUAGUUCCAGCCAAUAUUCCAGAUGAGGAGUUGAAGAAAGUGGCUGCGUUCCGGUCAAGGGGCCGUAUACCUGUCCUAUCAUGGAUUCAUCCAGAAAGCCAAGCCACCAUCACUCGCUCCAGCCAACCAAUGGUUGGAGUCAGUGGCAAGAGGAGCAAAGAAGAUGAAAAGUAUCUUCAGGCUAUCAUGGAUUCCAAUGCCCAGUCCCACAAAAUACUCAUCUUUGAUGCCAGGCCAAGUGUGAAUGCAGUAGCAAACAAGGCUAAAGGAGGAGGUUAUGAAAGUGAGGACGCCUAUCAGAAUGCCGAAUUGGUUUUCCUGGACAUCCACAAUAUCCACGUCAUGAGAGAAUCACUGAGGAAACUGAAAGAGAUUAUAUAUCCUAACAUAGAAGAGACACACUGGCUGUCGAAUUUGGAAUCCACUCAUUGGCUGGAGCAUAUCAAGCUGAUUCUCGCUGGAGCUCUUCGGAUUGCUGACAAGGUGGAAUCAGGGAAGACCUCGGUAAUUGUACAUUGUAGUGACGGUUGGGACCGUACUGCUCAGCUCACCUCUCUGGCCAUGCUCAUGUUAGAUGGUUAUUACAGGACAAUACGAGGCUUCCAAAUGCUGAUAGAGAAAGAAUGGCUGAGUUUCGGGCACAGAUUCCAGCUGAGAGUUGGCCAUGGAGACAAAAACCACGCUGAUGCUGACCGAUCUCCUGUUUUCCUACAAUUUGUGGACUGUGUCUGGCAGAUGACGAGACAGUUUCCCACAGCUUUUGAAUUCAACGAAUUCUUGCUCAUCACCAUCCUUGACCAUCUCUACAGCUGUCUCUUUGGGACCUUCCUGUGUAACAGUGAGCAGCAGAGAGUGAAAGAGGGCCUUUCGGAAAAGACAGUAUCCCUGUGGUCCUACAUCAACAGUCAGCUUGAAGACUUCACCAACCCUCUUUAUGCCUGCUACACCAACCAUGUGUUGUAUCCGGUGGCUAGCAUGCGCCAUUUAGAGCUUUGGGUAGGAUACUACAUCCGGUGGAAUCCUCGAAUGAAACCACAGGAACCGGUACAUAAUCGCUACAAAGAACUCCUGGCAAAACGAGCAGAACUUCAGAAAAAAGUGGAAGAGCUCCAACGAGAAAUCACCAACCGCUCCACUUCCUCCUCGGAGAGGGCCGGUUCCCCUGCGCAGUGUGUUACGCCCGUCCAGACGAUUGUAUGACAUCACGCGCCCCCGUCUUCCAGUGCUCUUCCCCAACGUCUUGACGGGUCCCCUGGCUGGCCUUGAGAGGAGCUGUAACCCAACACAGUGGGAAAGCAACAGGUUGAGGAGAAGCUGGAGCAGGACUCUUUGUUGGUGGCCCCUUUUUCUAAGAAAGAAGCUUUCUUGAGUCUAGACACUGUAUUUAUUAUGGUCUACUUCUCCAGGGUAUUUUAUUACAGCUGUAGCACUACAAGAGGUGGAAUCUUUUUUUUUUUUAAAGAUCUCUUAUAUAAUUAAUUUUCUUGUGGGCUAAUUAAGAGGAAACUAGCUGCAUGGCAUCUCAAGAUCCAACUAUAGGACAUUUGUUAAUGAGUUCAAAAUCUUUAGCAUUGACUUUCGUGGUGGAAUGAUGCACUUAUUAUACAGGGUCUCAUACUUAUUUCAAACCUCAGCCACCUGAAUACAAACAGCGUCACAGGGACUUCUGAUGUAUACGGUGGGCUUUAUUGAUUUUUACCUUGCCCACUUACUUCACUGCUUCACAAAACGCAAAGGAAUUUGCAAGUGGAAAUGCAAGUCAUCGUAGGAAAGAAGAAUAUUCAUUGCAAUCGUGCAUAUCAGAAUUAUGCAUUCUUGGCUUCUGACGCUUAUCAGUGAUAAGACUAUUUUGUGGUGCCUCAUUCUUACAGAAAUAUGACCUCCAAAGAGGGAAAAAAGCAAGAAUUUCAAAACUUAUGAGGUUAAUUGCUCUACACAGGGAUGAGGAAAAAAAUGUGUCGUCCACAUGUUUCUAGUGGCGUUCAUGUAAAGAGGAAAACCUUGAGGCCCUCCAGAUGUGAGAACGCCUGAAAAUCUCAGUAGAUUCAAUAGCUGGAGGAUGUUCAGUUGAGAAAAGGCCAUAGCUAAAGAUGCUAUAUAUUGAAGUCAUACAUCUAGCCAACACCUAGAUUGGGGAAAGGUAACUUAGAAGCAUCUAUGGGAGUAAGCCAAAUGUCGUUUUUUAAUGACCGCGUAAUCCCUUGCAGGGUGGAAUCAUGGCAACUGAAUGAAGCUGAGUGUUUACUGGCCGGAUGCCCUUCCUGGUGCCAGUGCAGUUUUUUUCAGCAGAUACAUUCUCAGUGUCCCCAAAGAGAGAAAUAUCUGCCUCUACCUAGGAUUGAACUCCUGAUUGUGAGGCGAGCGCUCCACCUCUAGGCCACCGUACCACUCAUAUGAGAGUAGGCCAAAUGUAUCCAUCUAUUCUAUCUCUGGGUGCUGUGAUUGGUGGAUCAGGCAAUUAAACCAUACAGCAUGGUAAACAAAUGAGAGCCUUGUUCAUGAAGUGCUGUCAAAAAGGACCCAAAUAUAAACAAUAUUGUUUGCUC